CAGAAUCAUCCCCGAGGAGCUGAGCAUGACGUGGGAUGAAGCACUACCAGACUCACAUUCUGCACAGGGUUUCUAUGAGAACUAUGAGCCUAAGGAGAUCCUGGGCAGGGGAGUUAGCAGUGUCGUCAGGCGUUGCAUCCACAAACCCACGUGCCAGGAGUACGCAGUGAAGAUCAUUGACAUCACAGGCGGGGGCAGCUUCAGCUCUGAGGAGGUGCGAGAGCUGCGACAGGCCACGCUGAAAGAAGUGGACAUCCUGCGCAAGGUUUCAGGGCACCCUAACAUCAUACAGCUGAAGGACACUUAUGAGACCAACACUUUCUUCUUCUUGGUGUUUGAUCUGAUGAAGAGAGGGGAGCUCUUUGAUUAUCUCACUGAGAAGGUCACUCUGAGUGAGAAGGAAACCAGAAAGAUCAUGAGAGCCCUGCUGGAGGUGAUCUGCACCUUGCACAAACUCAACAUCGUGCAUCGGGAUCUGAAGCCCGAAAACAUCCUCUUGGAUGAUGACAUGAACAUCAAGCUCACAGACUUUGGCUUUUCCUGCCAGCUGGAGCCAGGAGAGAAGCUGCGAGAGAUCUGUGGGACCCCCAGUUACCUGGCCCCAGAGAUCAUUGAGUGCUCCAUGAACGAUGACCACCCAGGCUACGGGAAGGAGGUGGACAUGUGGAGCACAGGGGUCAUCAUGUAUACCCUGCUGGCUGGCUCCCCGCCCUUCUGGCACCGGAAGCAGAUGCUGAUGCUGAGGAUGAUCAUGAGUGGCAACUACCAGUUUGGCUCACCUGAAUGGGAUGAUUACUCAGAUACUGUGAAAGACUUGGUCUCCCGCUUCUUGGUGGUGAACCCCCAGGGCCGCUGUUCAGCAGAAGAGGCCUUAGCGCAUCCCUUCUUCCAGCAGUAUGUUGUGGAAGAAGUGCGUCACUUCAGCCCCCGGGGGAAGUUCAAGGUGAUCGCUCUGACAGUGCUGGCUUCAGUGAGGAUCUACUACCAGUACCACCGGGUGAAGCCUGUGACCCGGGAGAUUGUCAUUCGUGAUCCCUAUGCCCUCCGGUCUCUGCGCCGACUCAUUGAUGCCUAUGCUUUCCGCAUCUAUGGCCACUGGGUGAAGAAGGGGCAGCAGCAGAACCGGGCUGCCCUCUUUGAGAACACACCCAAGGCUGUGCUCCUCUCCCUAGUUGAGGAAGACUACUGAGGUGCUGGCAAGUGGAACAGGGCGAGUAGGUGGCAGAAGAAAGGGGAAGCCGCAGAAAUAUUAGUCAAAGGAGU